AUGACGUCGCAAUAUGAUCCAUUCGAACCUGAAGUACUUGGGUUAGUCAGUCAGAACACUAAUAAUAGCAAUUAUGAAGCAUCUAUCUCAUGUAGUCCCGAUGUUCAGCAACUUUUUUUUCAAGCACUUAGCUCAGGUACAGUUGUUGCAGCUAAACAUUCGUUCUUUCAUAAUAUAUCAGUAAAUCUGUACAAAAUCACUUGUGAAGAAAUAUUAGAUACGUUUGAACCGAUGACAAGCAAUACUGUUACCGUCAAAGUUUUUUUAUUUAUACAUAAUCAGAUAAAUUACAAAAUAACCUGCGAAUAUAUUCCAUCCCCAAUGGCUGUUGAUAUAUUGAAUAAAGUAGUUUAUGAUGUUGAUACAAACUUGAAUGAGCAGCAGCAACGACCGUUUGUGGAGUUUCCUAAAGAAUAUAAAGUCGACUUUGAGUCUUCCUUGAAACCAUAUUUAGAUAUGUAUCUGGCACAGAUUCACAUUCGGAAUGAUCAAAGUGGUAAUGAAAAUGACGUAUUCUUCAUUGAAGCCAAAGAAGAUGAAACAUAUCCGUGUAAAAAAUGGACAAAAGAAAUUACUGAAGCAUUCAUUUGUAUUUUGAAGAAUAAGAUUCAAGAACUUGAUAAUACCAGUAAAUGUCAAUAUAGGAACUCAGUUCAAGAAAUUCUCGAUAUAAUUGAUUCAGGACAAAAAAAAUAA